AUAGGGAUCCAAUAUUAGUAAGCGCCUGCAUGGACACCGCCUCUCGUCCGCUGCUGCAGCUGCACGCUGGCCCUUAAAUAACUCUGCUUCUCCAGGCUUCAAGAACCCUGUGUAUUGCUUUCAUUUAUCGCUCUUCAACUCUUCAUACAGCAUGGCUUCAGCUGCACGCGCGCUUCACAUCAACGUCGUUUUGGAUACAGUCUGCCCGUGGUGCUAUAUCGGUCGCCGGCGUCUUGCAAAAGCCAUUGCCCUAGCCAAGGACAAAUGGUCGGACAUUGAUAUUUCGGUCGAGUACAGCCCGUACCAGCUCGACUCCUCUAUGGGGACCGGUCUUGAUAAGCAGGAGAUCUACCGCAACAAGUUUGGUGCGCGCGCCGACCAGAUCCACCAGCGCACGGCUGCUGUUGGCAAGGAGGAGGGCAUUGAGUUUGAUUUUGGCGGCAAAAUUUCAAACACACUCGACUCGCACCGCCUGAUCGACUACGCAAAGCUCGAUGGCAGCGGGGCCGAGGAAAAGGUUGUCGAGUCGCUGAUGCACAGGUACUUUGAGCUUGCGCAGGAUAUUGGCGAUAUCAGCACACUGGUUGAGGCAGCUAAGGAUUCUGGCUUGGACGAGGCAACGACAAAGGCGUACCUGGAGUCGGAUGAUGGCAUUGACACUGUCAAGCAAAAGAUAAAGCAAGCUCAGCGGCUGGGUGUCUCCGGGGUGCCAUUCUACAUCAUCAACGACCGGUACGGUAUCUCGGGCGCUGAGUCUCCUGAGACAUUCUUGGCAGGAUUCGCCAAGGCGCUCGGGCUGGACAGCUAGUUACAUGGUUCAGUGAAGUUUUAAUAAAAUUAAUAAAAUUUACAAUUUACAAAGAUGCUAACACGGC